AUGUGGAAGAUGUUUACGCUAAACGGAUCGUAUUGCUGGAUCGACGACCUGCAACGACUUGGAACGGAAGUCGGCGAUGCUGUGCGCGUGAGCAAGUACAAAACCGUCUUUGCGAAGGGUUACACUCUAAACUGGACCACCGAAAUGUUCCGCGUCAAAAAGAUGCAACAAACUUCACCAACGACUUACCUCGAAGAUUAUUGUGGUGAACCUAUAGCCGAUGGAUUCUACGAACACGAGUUGCACGCGGUCAAACAUCUGGACGUUUAUCUCGUAGAGAAGAGUGUACGUCGCCGAGGCAACGAGGUGUUGGUCAAGUGGUUGGGACUGGACAGUUUGUAUAAUUCCUGGAUAAAUAAGAACAAUGUUGUCUAA